AACACUCGUACUUGGAUUGAUACUACUCAGUCAUUGCAAAUUAGGGUUUCGGUUCGGCCGUCAGAAGAAGAAGAAGAAGAAGAAGAAGAAGAGAAGAAGCAACCAUGGCUGUCGGCAAGAACAAGAGGAUUUCCAAGGGAAAGAAGGGCAGCAAGAAGAAGGCCGCUGAUCCCUUCGCCAAGAAGGAUUGGUAUGAUAUCAAGGCCCCUUCUCUUUUCCAGGUCAAGAAUGUCGGCAAAACUCUUGUCUCUCGUACUCAAGGAACCAAGAUUGCUUCUGAAGGACUCAAACAUAGAGUGUUUGAGGUGUCCCUGGCAGAUCUCCAAGGGGAUGAGGACAAUGCAUUCAGGAAGAUUAGGUUGAGAGCUGAGGAUGUUCAAGGAAAAAACGUUUUGACUAAUUUCUGGGGGAUGGACUUUACCACUGACAAGUUGAGGUCACUGGUGAGGAAAUGGCAGACUUUAAUUGAAGCUCAUGUGGAUGUGAAGACCACAGACAAUUAUACUUUGAGGAUGUUCUGCAUUGCAUUCACUAAGAGACGCUCUAACCAGGUGAAGAGGACCUGUUAUGCACAAUCAAGCCAGAUUAGACAGAUCCGCAGGAAAAUGAGGGAGAUCAUGAUUAACCAGGCAACAUCCUGUGAUCUGAAAGAGUUGGUCCGCAAGUUUAUCCCUGAAAUGAUUGGGAAAGAGAUUGAGAAGGCAACCUCUAGCAUUUACCCUCUACAGAAUGUAUUCAUUAGAAAAGUGAAGAUCCUGAAAGCCCCUAAGUUUGAUCUUGGGAAGUUGAUGGAGGUUCAUGGUGAUUAUUCAGAGGAUGUCGGCACUAAGGUGGACAGGCCUGCUGAUGAAACAGUUGUUGAGGGAGCCACUGAAGUUGUUGGAGCUUGAUCCGAUUCAUGAUGUAUUUUUGUUCGUUCUAGAGUUUCUUUUGCUUUAUUUUAUAUUUGUUAUCAGUUUUGUUAUGACUUUAAGAAACAGUUUUGUGCUCGCAAUCCUAAUCUGGAUUUUUUGUUUGACAUAUUUCAAGUGUUGGUCAUUUUCUAGAACAUUUCAUAAGCAGACCUUAUAAGAAUUCUUGUCACUUUGGCUUGUUGCA